AUGAUUCAAUAUAUUGACCAAAAUAUUUUUAUUAAAAAAGGUAACGAUGCAAUUCACACUUUGACUAAAAAAGGGAACCAGGCGCUACGGAUUGAGCUCCAGCGUUUUACUGGAGAAAAGGUUUUUGCUCAAUACUCAACGUUUUCCAUCGCGGAUGAGGAUAGUUACCACAAACUCCUGGUGUCUGGUUAUUCAGGAAUAGCUGGAGGUGAAGUUAUAAAGGUAACAGUUUGGGUUAUUCACAAGAACAAAAGAUUUGCUACUAAGGACAGUGAGGUCGUCUAUUCUGGACGAUAUUGUGCAAGAGAGCGUCAUGGUGCCUGGUGGUACUAUAUUUGUAGUUACUCAAAUCUAAACGCAAAAUAUGGAGACGUUGGAGAAAAGGGACCAGGAUAUGUUGUAUGGUAUCACUGGACAGGAGGCGAGUCGCUUAAAGAAAUCAUGAUGAUGAUUAGAGAAACUCCUUAA